AUGGAGUUUGUUGAUUCUACACAAUCCAUAGUGGUAGAUUUAAAAACUUUCAGUUUUAGCAUUGCAUCUGGCAAAGAAUUAGCUAUUCCUGUUAAGCAAUCUAUAAUUACUUCUUUGAUUACACAUCUUAUAAAAGUGUUAAGAGCAUGUAUUUAUCUAUGGAAUUUACAAGGUUUAGACCAUUAA